ACUUGAGGCAUUCAUGAUAUAAUCCAGGUGCCCUGACACUGUUGUUUUUCUGUUCUUUCUGAAAAUGGACUUCAUGGAACUGAUGUGCAGGGACAUCAGACUGAGGCGAAGAGCUCCUAAUUGCUCCCGUAAUCAGAGUUUCUGAGUCCUCAUUUCGAUAGUGUACAGUCCUCAUUUCAAUAGUGUACAGGAGGAAUGUGGGCAUUUUUGCCAUCAACCACAGGGUGUUUUCUCUCUCCCUCUCUCUCUCUCUCUCUCUCUUAUUCUAAUUGCCAAUGUUUAAAAAUUGGAGCUUCAUCUUAUCUUGAAAAAUCAGCUAGCCUACUUUAUUCAUUUACACUUCCUCGUCUGCUGGCAUUUGAGUUGUGAUAAUGCCUAAUUUACAAGAUUGUUCUUGUGGAAUUCGAUAUGGAAAAAUCUGACAAAAGCAGCCACUCAGUAUAUGUUUUCCCCUUUCUGAACACCACUAGUCAUGAAGCUGCUACCUGCCAAUGACCAAGGAGAGCGGCCAAGAUGAAGAGCAAGGGAGUCAUAGAGGAGGUGGCUGGAAAGUAAUCCCUUGGUCUGUUUUAGAAGUAUAAAGGCAUUAGGAAACAAAACUCUUAAAGAAUUUAUAAGAAAACUAAAUGUACUUUAAGAAAUUAAAAGGAGCAGUAGGAAACAUCUCAGUUUGCUCUAAGUGAAAUGUUUCAGGCUCUGAAUGGUUCAACCAAGAACCUGAGCCCAUUCCUGGGAAGCACCUGCCAAAAACUGACUGAUUCUGGUCCCGGUCCCUAUCUUCAGGUGGCUGUGUAAACAUCUUACCCCAGUGUAAACAUCUGCAGCAGGUAAACGUCUGGCGGUUUUCUCACUGCUCUCCAGGAGACUCAGCACUGCCCUCUUCCUUCCUAACCUGAGUCAGGACUGAGCAGAGAAUCCUCCAUCACAACAGGCACUAUCUGCCACAACUUCUUUCCCUGAUAGCUUCAAAUUCUCUGCCUUUUGAAAUAAGCCUAUUUUUAACUGGAACAAAUAAUUGGCCAAUCUCUACCUCAGGUGAAGAGGAGUGAAGCCUCUGCAAACACUUAGAAACAAACUGUAAAAACUGAAAGCAAUUGUGUAACCUAUUAAAUAAGCUUGCUGGACUUUGUCCAUAUGUAUGAGUUAGGCAAUUCUUUCAGCUAGUUUGAGUGACACGCUGACCAGUGAAGCGCAGUGAAGCAGUGGGAACCAGAAUAUCCAAAGAGUGGUUUGAAGGAGGAAGAAGCAUUGUGGCUUUAUAUCCUCUGGGCCUGGGUUUCCUGAAGUCAUCACACAUAGAAGACAGACAAAAUGGCUGAGUUAAAGUACAUUUCUGGAUUUGGGAAUGAGUGUGCUUCGGAGGAUCCUCGCUGCCCAGGUUCCCUGCCAGAAGGACAGAAUAAUCCUCAGGUCUGCCCCUACAAUCUCUAUGCUGAGCAGCUCUCAGGAUCGGCUUUCACUUGUCCGCGGAGCACCAAUAAGAGAAGCUGGCUGUAUAGGAUUCUACCUUCAGUUUCUCACAAGCCCUUUGAAUCCAUUGACGAAGGCCAUGUCACUCACAACUGGGAUGAAGUUGAUCCUGAUCCUAACCAGCUUAGAUGGAAACCAUUUGAGAUUCCAAAAGCAUCUCAGAAGAAAGUAGACUUUGUGAGUGGCCUGCACACCUUGUGUGGAGCUGGAGACAUAAAGUCUAACAAUGGGCUUGCUAUCCACAUUUUCCUCUGCAAUACCUCCAUGGAGAACAGAUGCUUUUACAAUUCAGAUGGGGACUUCUUGAUUGUUCCCCAGAAAGGGAACCUUCUCAUUUACACCGAGUUUGGCAAGAUGCUUGUACAGCCCAAUGAGAUCUGCGUCAUUCAGAGAGGAAUGCGGUUCAGCAUAGAUGUCUUUGAGGAGACCAGGGGCUACCUCUUGGAGGUCUACGGUGUCCACUUUGAGUUACCUGACCUUGGACCAAUUGGGGCCAAUGGCUUGGCCAGUCCUCGUGAUUUCUUGAUACCCGUUGCCUGGUAUGAGGAUCGCCAAGUACCAGGUGGUUACACUGUCGUUAAUAAAUACCAGGGCAAGCUGUUUGCUGCCAAACAGGAUGUCUCCCCAUUCAAUGUUGUGGCCUGGCACGGGAAUUAUACACCCUACAAGUACAACCUGAAGAAUUUCAUGGUUAUCAACUCAGUGGCCUUUGACCAUGCAGACCCAUCCAUUUUCACAGUGUUGACUGCCAAGUCUGUCCGCCCUGGAGUGGCCAUCGCUGAUUUUGUCAUCUUUCCACCUCGAUGGGGGGUUGCUGAUAAGACCUUCAGGCCUCCUUAUUACCAUAGGAACUGCAUGAGUGAGUUCAUGGGACUCAUCCGAGGUCACUAUGAGGCAAAGCAAGGUGGGUUCCUGCCAGGUGGAGGCAGUCUGCACAGCACAAUGACCCCCCACGGACCUGAUGCUGACUGCUUUGAGAAGGCCAGCAAGGCCAAGCUGGCACCUGAGAGGAUUGCCGAUGGCACCAUGGCAUUUAUGUUUGAAUCAUCUCUAAGUCUAGCGGUCACCAAGUGGGGACUCAAGGCCUCCAGGUGUUUGGAUGAGAACUACUACAAGUGCUGGGAGCCACUCAAGAGCCACUUCACUCCCAAUUCCAGGAAUCCAACAGAACCUAAUUGAGACUGGAACAUUGCUACCAUAAUUAAGAGUAGAUUUGUGAAGGUUUCUUCAGAAUCUUAUGCUUUCUGGUAGUAUUGGGGGCGGGGGUUGGUUAAAAUGAAAACUGACUUUUCAUAGUCAAGUAACUCAGAACUUUUGCGGAAAUGCAUUUGCAAAGUUCUAUGGCUGUCACCUUAAUUACUCAAUAAACUUGCUGGUGUUCUGUGGAAGUA